AUGAAUUGGGAAUAUGCCUCUGCGCAUUCGCAAGAGUCUGAUGAAUCUGUCAGCCCGGUCGAGCACUCGACCCAACAACGACCAUGGGUCAUCCCACGAUCAAACACAUUCGAGCGUGUGCGAAAACAGCUCCUGCCCGAGCAGGAGGAAUCGCAUGCUUCUACGCCGCCCAUAGAUGUUCCAUCACCAGCACAUGGUGACCUAGAUGCUUUGGGCCCCGCUGGUCUCAGCCCUGGCGAUGACCGAUACGUGGAGCCUUCUCCGAUCGAAUGUGCGUUUCGGUCUCGGAGACUUUCUAUAUCCUUUAAUCCGCAUGUCACGCUAGACAGCGGUCAACAGCAGGAAUUAGACCAGCCCCUCCCUCGAUCUGAGGCAAAAUGGAGAGUGAGAGGUCGCUCUUUAUUGGACGAGAUGACCCAGCGUUCGAGCUCCUCCAGGGGAAGCGGAGAAUCAGCCACAUCGUCAAAGGGAUGGCAACAACGGAGCCACGAGCGUGGUGGUUCAAGCCUAGCUGCUAUUGAGACAUCUGCUGAGCGCCUGCAAAGGAGGCCACGCUCGAGAGACCAAGAUCAGGUGGCCUCUCUCACUUCCGAUUCCACAGCAUCCUCUGCCAUGGAAGAAUUGCGUACGCCGGUGCACACACCCACUGAGUUUGUUCUUUCGCCUGUGCCCAUGCCUGGCCCACUGAAUCAACCUACAUCUCUUCAAGAAACGUCAACCUGGCCUUUGAACGAGAAGCCGGACCUGCUCAUGCGAUCCAGAAGCUACACAUUUGAGAGACCGGGCAGCUUUCGUAGAGCGAAGCGAAGCUCGCGGCGGUCGACUUCUUCGAAUACUACAUCGCCUGCCAGCACUUUCCUCUCUCAGUGGGCCAAGACUGAAGCCCCUCCGAUUUCUGAUCCUGAUGACGAGGGACAAGAAAUUGGUGACUAUGUGCUCGGAAAGCUGAUCGGCACGGGCGGUUUUAGUAUCGUUCGAGAAGCGUACACCAUCGAAGACGGUAGCCGGGUACGGCGGGCAGUCAAAAUUGUCCGCAAGCAGAUUGCCGGCAAAACUGAUCCUGAGAAUGAUCAAUUCCAAGCAGACUUUGAGCGAGAAGUUUCAUUGUGGCGAUGCCUCGACCAUCAACGUAUUCUGAAGCUUCUAGCCGUCUAUGACACUUCCUUUGCUACUUAUUGCUUCACGCCGCUCAACAAGGGCGGUACUCUCUAUGAUUUGGUGCGCAAAAAUCGCCAAGGGAUUGAUGUUCAGCUUGCUAGGAGGUAUAUUUUCCAACUCGCUUCGGCGAUCCGAUACCUGCACGAGGAUGUUCACGUCGUACACCGGGAUAUCAAACUAGAAAAUUGCCUCGUGGACAUGUCGAGCCCCACUGCUGAUAUCGAAGGCGGCAAAAUCCUUCUCUGCGAUUUUGGCAUGGCAGAGUUCAACACGAGCGAUACCCGCAGCAACUCGCCAGAUCCAUACACCAACCGGUUGCAUCAGACUGACGAGAAAGAUUCUGACUCUUCCCAAACGACCACGCGCCCUCUCUCCGGCAGUCUUCAGUACCUCUCGCCUGAACUCAUCGAGAGUCAGACCCAUCUGCUUUCUCCUGCGGCAGAUAUCUGGGCCCUUGGAGUGGUCAUGUACGCCCUCUUUGUCGGCGACCUGCCAUUCAACCACCCUCUACGGCCCAAACUUCAAAUGAUGAUCGUCAAGGGCGAGUGGGACCAAGCCGUGUUCAACACUGCACCCGGUCUAGCAGGCGGCGAAGCAAAGCCCGCUGUCGAACUCGUGUGUGGAUGUCUGGAUAUGAAUGCGGAAAAGCGGUGGAUUAUCUCUGAAAUUCUUGCUUACCCUUGGCUUCGACGGGGCCAAGACGUUUCUGAGCCCGAUAACGGUUGGAGGCUGUGA